AUAUGGAGUGGGAUAGCCUGCGGUUCUCAGUGUUAAUAUGGAGCGAGAUAGCCUGCAGUUCUUGGAGUUAAUAUGGAGUGGGAUAGCCUGUGGUUCUCAGAGUCAAUAUGGAGUGGGAUACCCUGUGGUUCUUAGUGUUACUAUGGAGUGGGAUAGCCUGUGGUUCUCAGAGUCAAUAUGGAGCGGGAUAGUCUGUGGUUCUCAGAGUCAAUAUGGAGCGGGAUAGCCUGUGGUUCUCAGAGUCAAUAUGGAGCGGGAUAGCCUGUGGUUCUCAGAGUCAAUAUGGAGCGGUAUAGCCUGCAGUUCUUGGAGUCAAUAUGGAGCGGGAUAGCCUGUGGUUCUCGGAAUCAAUAUGGAGCCCACACGGUUCUUUCCAUUUGAGUCUCUCUAGAUUGUUCCGGAGGAGGGAAACUGGGCAGAAUCCUGUGUGCAGAGCCCCUGACCAGAAUGCUGAGUUCCCCUGAACGCAUCAGAAGCGAUCCAGCCUCGGGCCCCUCCUGGGCAGCUCAGGAACUCUUGCAGGGCUUGGGGUUCUUGUCAUAGGCUCCCGAGUGCUUUGUGCUUGGGGAGUUUUCUGUGGCUGUCCCGCUCUCUAUAUAUUUGUUACCUCAAGCGCCUAGAACGGUGCAUUAGACACGAGGAAUAUGGGCUUUUCCCGGGGUAGACGGGGACAAGAAAAUAAGAAAAAGGGAAAAUUGUCCCCUUGGGACCCGUCCCUAGACGCCCCAUUCGGGGCGAGCUCUGGGAUAACCCAGGGCCCGGUAUCACAGCCUCAGUUUUGUCUCCAGGAAUCGGCUCCGGGCGCACUUAGGAAUAACGCCGGCUGAUAUUUUCAGCUCACUCGCUGGUUCGGGGCCUGUACUAAUCACUUUGUCAUCAUCCCAUUUGAGCCUCGCAGCAAUCCUGGAGGUUGCUACUGUUAUCUUGAUUUUACAGGUAAAGAAACUGAGGCAAACGGAGAUUAAAUGACUCGCCCAAGGUGGCUGAGGGGCUCGAGCGCCAGACCCAGAGGCAGUUCCAUUCCCCCAGUCCAGAUGGCCUCAGACCCUUUCUGUGGGAGCCCCGACACGUCAUUAGGAAGUGUUGGAGUCGGACAAGCCCCGCCCGGCACUAUCCACUGCCCCACCCGGCCGUCUCUACUUAGUAGAUAACGAAUCUCCGAUUGUUGUUCCCGGCGCUGCCUGAGACUUUCUGGAAUACGGAGUCUCAGUCAGAGCCCGAGCUGCCUAGGCUGCGGGUUCACACAGCUGACUCAGACUGAAUGCGCAGGCCACUGGAACCGUCGGAUCUUUUUCAGAGGAAGAGUUAAAACUAAUCUGGCCUCCGACAUCAAAACUCCCGAAUGAAGGGGAGUUUCCUCCUUCCUCCUUCCUCCUCUCCGCUCCUCCCUCCCAGCUCCCCCCCACCCCCGACUGGCGCCCCUCCCUCCUCUUCCCUCCGGGGCAAGGUGAAGCUAUCCGGCCAUAGGCGGUUGACUGCUCCUGCCUCGCCUCCCGUGGGGGGGUGGGGACCCUAGCUCCUCCUUCCCCCCUCCCCCGGCAGCCCCCUUCUCCCCUCCCCCACCCGCUCCCGGCCGGAGUGAGCGCCAGCGUCCCGGGAGGCGGAGGCGAGCUCGGAGGCGGCUCCGGGGGCCGAGCGGUGGGCGCAGCCCAGCGGCGCGCGGCCCAUGGGUGUGUGAGGGCCGGCCCGGGCGGGCCAGCUGCGGGCCGCUCCAUGCGGGGCCCGAGCCAUGAGCGGCGGCCGCUCCGAGUUCAGCAUCGACGAUGCCUUUGAGCUGUCCCUGGAGGAGGGGGGCCCGGGAGCCGGGGGGGCCCCCGCGCGCUUCGGGGCGCUGCACUUCGAGCGCAAGGGCGAGGAGGGCGAGAAGCAGUCUCGUCUCAAGUACCAGAACUUGGAGAACGACGAGGACGGCCUCCGGACCCUCCCGGAUCCCGAUGGAGCCCUGAAGACCAGCAGGGACCCCGGCCCCUCCUCCACCCGAAGCUCCCAGUGGUCCUUCGGCACCAUCAGCAACAGCACCCAGCGCUCCUACCGGGCCUGCUGCAGCUGGACGCAGCACCCUCUGAUCCAGAAGAAUCGCCGGGUGGUUCUGGCCUCCUUUCUGCUCCUGUUGCUGGGCCUCGUACUCAUCCUCACCGGGAUAGGACUGCAGGUGAACCCUUCUCCAGGCGUCUCCAGUGCCAUCUUCCUUGUCCCUGGCUUCCUGCUGCUCAUUCCUGGAGUGUACCACGUCAUCUUCAUUUACUUCGCUGUCAAGGGCCACCGAGGUUUCCAGUUUUUCUACCUGCCUUACUUUGAGAAAUGAGCCGGGCCUGCAGCAGGGCCGGAGCUCCCCGCCCGCCGGGGCCUCGGCGGCCGGAAAUGGACGCAGCUGGCCGGAUGCGGAGGCCGGCCGCUCCACACUGGGCAGGGGCCUGGCUGGGGAGGGCUCCCUUCCCCCUCCUGGGAUGCGGAGACCUCCGGGGUCGGCUCCUCCCCUAAAGGAGCAGGAACUAGUACCUUGGCCAGAGACUUCCCGCUUGGGGGCAGCGAGUCUCCCCCGCACCGGGCCCUCCGCCCCCUGACCACUACACCGAGGCAGCUCCGACCCUGCUAGCCGGGCUGGGCCCCUCGCCUCCGGCUCCUCUGGCCGGCACAGGACCCCUGGGGCCCGGGUUUUCUCAGGAAGUUUCCUGCCCCCAUCCCUCCUCCUUCCUUAGCCCGUCCGCCUUUAAUCCCGGUGCCUUUAACUUAUUAGGAGGCCGAGGCGUCCUUGCAUUCUGGGCCUUCUGUCCCAACUAAAUGGCUUUGAUCCCUGCUGGGAGAACUGGCUCUUUCCUCCCUACUCUCGGCCGCCCCCAAGUGGCCAAGCUUAAAGACUCCGCCUCUUGACUGGGAGGCACCUGACUGGGAGGAUCCCCCGGCCCGAGGAGGAAGCUGACCCAGAAAGGGCCGGUUUAAGGAGGGCUUGGCCGGGGUCUCUGGUGCAGCCCUGGCUGGAGGGGGAACCGCGACCCUCACCAGGCCGGCCUUUUUUCCGUCAGCACCUUUUACAUGGCGAGGAGAGCCCACUUCCCUUCCUCUUGUCAGAUUAAAAGGAAAUGGAGGAGCAGUCUGCUCGCACAUGUAGUACUCCACACCUGUUGUCCCCCCCCACCCCCCCGCCCCUGCAGAGGGUCCCCCUCCAGAAAUAAAGGUGAGAAGGUUUGGGAUUUUUA